GCUUAUUGCUGCCCACUUCCGGCCGCCAUUUUAAUUUGAGUGUACAAGUUGGAUUAAUGGCUAAAAUACCUUCAUCUGCACAACCUGCGCAUUUGGCUGUUUCUCAGACUGUCAUGAAAACAGCGGCAAGUGUUCGGCGACUCACAGAAUCUUUUAAAACAUUUUGCUGGUAAUUUAACAAGAGACAAACGCGCUACUAGCUACGUAAUUAAAGUUUUAUCAGCUGAAAAACGUCGAGGCCAGAGACACGUUCAAGUUGCCAGUGGAGGGACGUUGUGAAGGACUCCGAGGGACAGCAUGCAGGAAAAGGGUGGAGUAGGAUUGAAUGAUGAUGCUGUUACUGGCCGGUCGGGAGGGGAGGAGCCGUCUGAUCGGCUCUGUUAAAUAGCCUCCAAUGGAUAUCUGACCAGGGGUGACCAGAGAACGUCUGUACUAAUGCCAGAAGAAGUUUGAUGGCUAUGGUCGAGGUUAGAGAGUGUCAUCACAUCGGAGAGGGGAUUAGAGGAGAGAGGUUGUCUUCCAGGAGCUGUGUGGUCCCCCUUACUCUUCAACCCAGAAAUCCCGAGACCAAGACACAAACCCCUCUAUGAGCGGAGGGAGACCCAGAGAAGAAACAGGAGAGGAAAACACAGAGAGGGAUCCUAGCCUUCCCUCUCACUCAGCCAGCACUCUGCUCUCCUGCCUUUCAGGCACCAUGCUGAUGCAGUGGCUGGCCUGGUUGGCCCUGCUGUCUUUGGACUGGGCUCCAGGCAGCUGGGCCUUCAUCACAACCAGGGCUCAGGGCCUGAGGGGUCGCAUCCAGAGAGACCGCAGGAACAUCCGGCCAAACAUUAUCCUCAUCAUGACUGACGACCAGGAUGUUGAGUUGGGUUCUCUACAGGUAAUGAAUAAAACCCGCAAGAUCAUGGAAGAUGGAGGCACAUCUUUCACCAAUGCCUUUGUCACCACACCCAUGUGCUGCCCGUCACGGUCCUCCAUGUUGACGGGCAAGUACGUCCACAACCACAACACCUACACCAACAAUGAGAACUGCUCCUCCCCUUCCUGGCAAGCUCAGCACGAGCCACGGUCAUUCGCUGUCUAUCUCAACAACACUGGCUACAGGACAGCCUUCUUCGGCAAGUACCUCAAUGAGUACAACGGCAGCUACAUCCCACCUGGGUGGCGCGAAUGGGUUGGAUUGAUAAAAAAUUCCCGUUUCUAUAAUUACACUGUCUGUCGGAAUGGUUACAAGGAAAAACACGGUGCUGAUUAUGCCAAGGACUAUUUCACAGAUCUGAUCACCAACGACAGCAUCAACUUUUUCCGCAUGUCCAAGCGGAUAUACCCUCACCGUCCUGUCAUGAUGGUCAUCAGUCAUGCUGCUCCUCAUGGCCCAGAAGACUCGGCUCCACAGUACGCAGAGCACUUCCCGAAUGCUUCACAGCACAUCACCCCCAGCUAUAACUAUGCCCCAAAUAUGGACAAACACUGGAUCAUGCAGUACACAGGCCCCAUGAGACCCAUCCACAUGGAGUUCACCAACUUCCUCCAUCGGAAGAGGCUGCAGACACUCAUGUCUGUGGAUGACUCAGUGCAGAAGGUUUUUGACAUGCUUGAGGAAACUGGAGAGCUAGACAACACUUACAUUAUCUACACAGCAGACCAUGGCUACCACAUUGGUCAGUUUGGGUUGGUGAAGGGCAAGUCGAUGCCCUACGACUUUGACAUCCGUGUGCCGUUCUUCCUGAGAGGACCCAACAUAGAGCCUGGGGCAGUAAACCCUCAUCUGGUGCUAAACAUUGACCUAGCUCCUACAAUCCUCCACAUCGCUGGGCUGGACACUCCUCCAGACAUGGAUGGAAAGUCCAUCCUUAAGCUUCUGGAACAGGAUAGGACUGGCAACAGAUUCAAACCCAACCGGAAACCCAAAGUCUGGAGGGACACAUUCCUUGUGGAGCGAGGAAAGAUCCUGAGAAAGAAGGAAGACUCGGUGAACACUCAGCACACCAACAGCCUCCCAAAGUACAAGAAGGUCAAAGAGACUUGCCAGCAGGCUGAAUUCCAGACACCCUGUGAACAGCCUGGACAGAAAUGGCAUUGUGUGGAGGAGAUCACAGGCAAGUGGAGGAUACAGAAGUGUAAAGGUGGUUCAAAAGAAGGCUUCAGGAAGAGGGCCCGCAGCCUCAAGCCCCGCAGCAGCUAUGACAGAGAAAGGGGCUGCGACUGCGGCGAUGCUGCCUUGAAACCCUCCAGAGCGGACCGCCGCUCCCACCGACAGCUUUCAUCAUCUCAGCGUUAUCGGCCGCGCUUUGUUCACACCAGGCAGACCAGGUCUCUGUCUGUUGAGUUCGAGGGUCAGAUCUAUGAUGUCGACCUUCAGGCAGACGAUCAGUCAGCUGUCCGCCGCCGCGUCAUCUCAAAGCGUCACUACAACCCAGACGACCCAGAGUUUGAUUUGGGCUCUGAUGACGGUUCGGAGGAAAUGCUGGCGGACGAUACCAACGCUGUGGGAUAUCCAAACUCUGUGAAAGUUACCCACAAGUGUUUCAUCUUGAUGAAUGACAGUGUCCACUGUGAAAGAGAAAUCUAUCAGUCCUCCAGAGCCUGGAAAGACCAUAAGAGCUAUGUGGACCAGGAGAUUGAGGCACUUCAAGAUAAAAUCAAAAACCUCCGGGAAGUACGAGGCCAUUUGAAGAGGACACGACCAGACGAGUGUGAUUGUGGAGAUAAGAGCUAUUAUAGCAAAGGGGGCAGAAACAAGGCAGAGAGAUUGAAGAACAGGAAAGAUCAACUCCAUCCGUUUAAGGAGGCUGCGCAGGAAAUAGAUGUGAAAGCCCAGUUGUACAAUGAGAUCCGGAGAAGGAAGAAGGAAAGGAAGGAGAAGAAGCGGCAGAGGAAGGGAGACGACUGCAGUCUGCCUGGACUCACUUGUUUCACACAUAAUAAUGACCACUGGCAGACCGCUCCCCUUUGGACGUUGGGUGGAUUCUGUGCGUGCACCAGCUCCAACAACAACACCUACUGGUGCCUGAGAACCAUCAACGAGACUCACAACACGCUGUUCUGCGAGUUCUCCACCGGCUUCCUGGAGUUCUUCGACCUCAACAGUGACCCUUACCAGCUGACCAAUGCGGUGUACUCAGUGGACCGGGACGUGCUGAACUCCCUCCAUGCCCAGCUGAUGGAGAUGAGGAGCUGUCAAGGUUACAAGCAGUGUAACCCUCGACCAAAAGGACUAGAAGCAGCACACAGCCCAUGUGGGACGGACGACAGGGUUAAACUACCCAACUUGACAGACGAGGAGGUGAACUGGCAGGGACUGGAGGAUCUGUAUAGCGUAAACGAAAGCCUUUAUGAAUGUAGGCCUGACUACAGCCCCAGCCCAGACAACUGGGUUAACUUCGAGAAGGAUGUAGAUAAUAUAUUUGCACUGCGACACGUUUUAAACAAAUUCAACCGAACCCACGAGCUUGACGACUCCACCCUGCCAGAGCUAGGCUCUGGGGCCGGGGGUGGAGGCCUUGAAGAGGGCAGCGGAGAAGAGUUAGCCUCGGCCGGCGACGUCUGGCCAGGCCUCACCACCCCCGCCCCCAGCAAAACGCCACCAGCACCGCCCACACUGGAAAGGAAACUGGAAUCUGUUGUCAACGACCUUCCUGAGAGGCUCAUAGACAGACCCGUGACGGUACCAUCAUCAUCUGCUCCAAGAGGAGAUGGGUUUAUCCUCCACAGCGACACGUUGGCACAGCUAGAGGAGAUCGAAGGAGAGAUGUUCAGCGGAAACGGACUGACGGAGCUGGAGACGCGACAUAACAACCUGCUCCGCUCUCACUACAGCCUGCAGGAUGAGGAGAAGGGCCCUCAGGGUCUCAACCUGGGCCUAGACCUUGAAGAAGAGGAGGACAUAUUCCGGGCCCAAGGCUACCUCCCUUUCUCCAUGCGGACGCUGCGGCCCAAGGUGCAGGCCAGCACCACCGGGAGCCCCCCCACCACACAGACUAGCACCCCACAGAGUGUCGGGUUGGUACUACAGGCGCUGCCUCAAUCGGCUCUGCCUCUCACCUUGGACUAUGAGGGCAGCGGCUCCCUGCCUCGAACCUCUAAUCAGACCCUCUGAGGUGGACGCAGGCGCUGGCCAGCCAGCUUAGCCAAUGAGCUGCUGGUCGCCGUAGAGACACAGUGAUUGGGAGAUGAGCUCGCCGAGGCGAGUGAUGCCACCUCAGUCAGUCAGAGUUGUAUAAUGAGUAUUAAAGUUAUUGUUUAUUUUUUUACAGGUGCCUACAUUUAUUAGUAAACAGUGUUAAUUUUUUUUUCAAAUAUAUAUUUAGAAAAGAAAAAAAAGCCUUAAUGCAGCUAAACUUAAGUGUUGGGAUUAAAAAUGAUGAAUUCCCUCUGGAUAAUACCAUUGAUGUUUUUUAAUAUAUGUUUUUAUGAAAAACAAGUUUGAGUGGUGAAACCAUUUGAACAUGUGAACGAGUAGUUGGCAUGAUUCAGCUUUAGGUACGCUCCAGAAUCCACUCCCCAUAUAAAUAAUACAUGAAAGGCAACAUCAGACCCUGAAUGCACUUUUCAACAUUUACACAUUCUGACCUUCAUCCUCCAGUUUGUGUUGAUAGUGAAAUUUUUUAGGAUCUAGGACAGUAACUGGAUCACUUCUGAGAGACGUCUGGUUCACAAAUAGUUUUUAAAUUUGCUGUAUGAGAAUAUCUUACCUCUGUGCUAUGUGUCAUUAAUAGUUUAGACAAUCAUGGGACAGUUUAACAGUUAAAUUUACUGACCUCAUCUGAAUCAUCCAGCUGCAGCUAACAGAUCUGACGCUCUGAGCUCGUUGUGUGCCGACAUCGCGACACCACAUCUGUCAACAUUCACAGCAGCUUAUUUUUAGUAUCUAAUGGCAAGCAUAUGCAUUCACAAUCACAAGGGUGAACAUGUUCAUUGUCUAACUUGUUCUCUGGGAAAUGUCACCAAUUAAUCACGCGGUGUAGUGCUUUGAUAAUCCUGAGUAUUUUGUUGCACGUAUAGUCCCUUUAAACUGGUUAUAGGACGACAAACUCAGUCACAGCUAAGUAUUUCGGGGCAAAAAUAUGUCAUGUUUCUGCCUGCGUUCAUCUCUGCUGCUGCUUGUAGUGUCGGUGCUUCCAAAGGGCGACUGAGACGUCAGCAAAAAAACCUGAAGCUGUCCUCGUUUCUUUCUCGACAGAGUGUGUGUGUGUACAAUUGUUAGAACAAGUCUGGUUUCAGGAAAGCCAUGAAGCUGUUAAAGAAAUAAACCAUCUGAAUUGAA